CUAUCCACCGUCUACAAUAUAAACAACGAAGAUGGCCACCAUAGUCAUAACAGAGCCGCAAAGUUUAUAGUUAAACAUUUCAAUUCUAAUUAACUACACAUUGUGUUUAUGUUACGUUUUAAAUGUAAAUGCAAAAGGUUUCUGAUACAAGUAAGCGGCAGAUUUUGAUUGUUCAACUGCAGCGUUGACCGGGGUGUUGGCUUCCUGGUUAUGGAGAUAUUAAACCCGUUGACUCGACUGCGAGUGUCUUUUCUCUCUCUUGGGCGAUCGCUGUCUUCUUCACAUAGACACUUCAGCCGGAGCAUGGCGUCUGAAUCCGUCACGCGUUAUGAUUUUCUGGUGUUAGGCGGAGGAUCAGGAGGGCUGGCCGGUGCGCGGCGGGCAGCUGAACUUGGUGCCACGGCUGCCGUGAUCGAAAGUCAUAAACUCGGAGGUACCUGCGUAAAUGUUGGUUGCGUUCCUAAAAAGGUUAUGUGGAAUGCCUCCACCCAUGCAGAGUAUCUCCAUGAUCAUGAAGACUACGGCUUUGAAGGAGCAAAGGCACAUUUCAGCUGGCAGCUUAUUAAACGAAAACGGGAUGCCUAUGUUAGUCGCCUCAAUCAGAUUUACCAGAAUAAUCUUGACAAGGGCAAGAUUGAGAGCAUUCAUGGCUAUGCAAGGUUCACUGAUGACCCUGAACCCACCAUUGAAUGCAAUGGAAAGACAUACACUGCGCCUCAUAUCCUAAUAGCCACUGGUGGCUACCCGUCCACUGUCAGUGAGGAUGAUGUGCCAGGAGCCGGUUUUGGUAUGACCAGCGAUGGAUUCUUUGAACUUGAGUCCUGCCCUAAACGUAGUGUCAUAGUUGGAGCUGGGUAUAUUGCAGUGGAGAUGGCUGGCAUCCUUUCCACUCUGGGGUCCAAAACGUCUAUCAUCAUUCGACAAGGCGGGGUUUUAAGGAACUUCGAUGCCUUGAUAAGCUCAAAUUGCACCAAAGAAUUGCAAAAUCAUGGUAUUGACUUACGGAAAAAUACUCAGGUAAAGUCAGUGCAGAAGACUGAUAAAGGACUCACUGUUACGCUGGUAACAAAGGAUCCUGACAACAAGGAUGCUCAGGAGAAGUUUGACUCCAUUCAUGAGGUGGACUGUCUGCUCUGGGCUAUUGGCAGGGAGCCCAACACCGCUGGCCUCAACCUCAGUCAAAUAGGUGUGAAGCUUGAUGAGAGGGGACACAUUGUGGUGGAUGAGUUCCAGAACACCACUCGUUCAGGCAUCUACGCUGUUGGAGAUGUUUGUGGGAAAGCUCUUCUUACACCUGUCGCUAUUGCUGCUGGCAGAAAGCUUGCUCAUCGACUGUUUGAGAGCCAAGCAGACUCCAAAGUUGAUUAUAAGAACAUCCCAACUGUUGUGUUCAGCCACCCACCUAUCGGAACAGUGGGGCUAACUGAAGAUGAAGCCAUUAAAAGCUGGGGAAAGGACAAUGUGAAGGUUUUUACCACAUCCUUCACCCCGAUGUAUUAUGCCAUCACCACUCGAAAGACUCAGUGCGUCAUGAAGUUAGUGUGUGCAGGCAAAGAUGAAAAGGUGGUUGGUCUUCAUAUGCAAGGUUUUGGUUGUGAUGAGAUGCUUCAAGGUUUUGCUGUGGCCGUUAACAUGGGAGCAACUAAAGCAGAUUUUGACAGAACCGUUGCCAUUCACCCCACAUCCUCAGAGGAGCUAGUUACAUUGCGCUAAUCAAGGACCACAACAAACAGUGUACCACUCUUAACAAUAAAAAUCUAUUUUUGGGAAAUCUACAUUACAGAAACCAUAACUGCUUUUGUUUUGUCCUUAAGGUCAGGUGUUAUUGCCACUGGUUAAAACACAAUAUGGUGGUUAUAUCGCUCAAUUGUCUCACAGGACUUAGGUAUGCAUUAUGGUAUUAUUCUUUGGUUGGAAUGGGGUUAUAGAUGGGUUUAACAACAUUUCUUGAAGGAUGGAUUCAGAGAGUUUGAUUUAAUAUAAGUGGGUAGUAGUGCUUGCUCCAUAUAUCAAACUUAUGAACGGUAUUUGUGCAGUUCACUCUUUGAGAACCUUGACAUUUUCUAGAAUACAUUUUAAUGAACAUUUUAUGUACAUAUCAAUAUUAACAUCUUUUAUUUUUAAUUCUGGAGAUUUUUUUAUUUAUGUAAGAUGCACUAAAACUUAUCGAAGUAAAAAAAACAUCUUCAGGUGUCUUAAAGUGCUAGUCCACCCAAAAAUGAAAAUUGUCAUUUACUCUCCCUUUUGUCGCAUGGCUGUUUGACUUUCUUCUAGAGAACACAUUUUGAACAUUUUUGUUAAUCGAACAGCAGCAGCACUCAUUUUCUUCUGUAUGGACACAAAAUAAACGCAAGUAAAUGGGUGCCAUCACUGUUCUGUGAACAAGAUUCUUCAAAAAUGUAUUUUGUGUUCUCGGAUAGUCAUACAGGCUUGAAAUUGUAAGGGGGUGAUUAAUGAACAGAAUUUUCAUUUUUGGAUGAACUAGCACUGUGGUGGCAGCAUUUGUUGUAGUUUCAAACCCUGGAAGAAUAGAGUAGUUGUAGUCCAAUCAUGCAAGAACAAAGCCUGAAAACUAGCCUAGCAACAAAGCAGUGUAUUGGCCAGGUUAUUAAGUCAACAUUACCUUCAAUUCUUAGUUCUUUUCAGAAUGUUUAGAUAAAACUAGAAAGACCAAUAUUAGUUUAAGAAAGCUUUAAUACACCAUGUGAUUUUGUUAAUGUGCCAAGAGAAUAGAAUAAAGUCGUUUUAA